AACAUUGCUCCUAAUUCACUCACAUCAUUCAAGUAAAUGUUUAUGUACCAAUUAAACUAACUAGUAUAUUUUCUAUAUCAAGCAACCCACUAAAGAAGAAAGAAAAAAAAUGGGAAAUUGCUUGGUGCUACAAGAAAAUAACGUGGUGAAGAUCAUGAAAACAGAUGGGAAAAUUCUCGAAUACAAAACACCCAUCAAAGUUGAAGAGGUUUUGGUAGAUUUUUCUGGUUAUGCAGUGUCUGAUUCACAACAAGUACUCAAACAUCUUUUACCAAAUAGUAAAUUGCUUAGUGGUCAAUUAUACUAUCUAGUUCCUCUUCCGCCACCUUCACCGAAAGGGCAAAAGAAGGUGAGGUUUGCAAAUCCAGAAGUUCAAGAUGUACAUAAAAGUAGUGUGGUUAGGAUUAAGCUUGUUAUUAGUAAGCAAAAAUUGCAUGAUAUGUUGCAGAAUGGAGGGAUUUCAGUUGAAAAUAUGUUAUCUCUUGUUCAAGGUGAAAAAGGAAUGGAUGGUGAAUAUUUGUGUGAAAAAAGUGAUGAAGUCUCUGUAGGGUGGAAACCAGUAUUGAAAAGCAUAGCUGAAGUCUAGCAAUGGAUUUCACGUUUUUAUGAUACUGUUUCUGUCUUAUACUUCUUAGGACUUAGAGUUUUCCUUUUUUUUUUUUCAAACAUUUCAUAUACAAUAGUGUAAUAAGUAAUAUAAAUAGAGGAUGAGAAAGAAAACUUCACUCUUCAGCUUCA